AACCGGUCACGUGGCGGGGGCUGGCUGGGUGAAUGUGCCGGGCGGGCUUGGCUGAAUCGCCUGGGCCUGAGGAAGGUGAAGGGAGCAGAGCGAGGCUGGAGCGCAGGGGGGCCGCCUUGUAGUUGGGGGGCAGCCGGCCAGAGGCAAAGCGGGCAGCUGGGGCUUGGGGCGGAAGCGACGGGGCUCCUUGAGUCAGGGCCUUCCUGGGGAGGUUCUUUCUUUUUUUAAUUUAAAAAAAGAAAAAAGGAUUACCCUUCAGGCGGAGGGUUCCUGGCUGUGAUUUUGAGAGCGUCAGGCUGGGCCUAGAGUUAUCUGAGCUCUGACGAAACAAGGGCCCCAAUUGACGGAACCGGGAAAGGGAGGCCGAAAAGGUUGGAAAAGGCUGCGGAGGAAGUUUGAGACCCCCAAAAGCGGGGGCGGUAGAUCUGGGUUGGUGGGGUGUUUUUUUUUAAGCAAAUACUACCGGGCAGCAAAGCUGUUAGCAAAGGUUGCGGGGUGGGUGGGAGUCGCCUCGAGUGCGGGGGUGUAAGCAAGGGCGGUGCGGGGUGGCAAGAAGCUUUUUUUGCGGCGCGUAAGGAAGAAAGCUGCUGUUACGGUUGUAGGGAGGUGCCGCGUUUGGGGCUGGAUCCUUGGGUUGGUUGGUUUUUCAGCCGAGAAGCGCUAACUGGGGUGGGUGGGGUACCGUAGGGCAUACAGACAGCUAAAACGGAAAACGAGGGGGCAACUUCCUCCCGAAGUUUUAUACAGGUGUUUGUAUACAGCGUAGGUGUAGGUGCAAACAGAAGAAGCUUCCUUUGGUCCUUUAAGCUGCUGUAGCAUUUCAGAAGUUGGGGGGCUCUGCAGGGUACCUGGCAGCUUUCUCUGCCAUUGAGGUGACUUUUGCCGCUGCGAGAGAGUGAAUAGCUUUCAGGAACAGGCUACUAAUUUGCAGUGCAGCGAAAUAGAGGAAGAGUAGAGUCACUGGGCACGCUGUGGUGUUGUGCUUGAAAAGGAGGCUGAGAGCAAGACUGUAGUCAGGACUCUGGGGUUUAGGAAUACCUUCCACAUCCUCGAAGCUCUAUUGCUGUUGGGAUCUGCAUCACACACAGUCAAGAGGCCAUGCAGAAGGAGGAGCUGGGAAUGGAUGAAAAUCGCAACCCAGAGGAGGAGCUGCGUCUCCUCGGUGGAAAGAAGGAAAAAUGCCACAACCUCAGCAACCGCAUCCGGACAGGGGGUGGAGCAGAGCUGGGCUACAGGCCAAGCCAGGUCUCCAGAGAAGGUGCAUGGGAGUCCAAUGGGUAUACUGCUCCCUCUGAGAUAGCUGACGAACCCAGUGUUCCCCUGAGCCCUUCCAACAGCCUCAACAUCCGCAAUCUCCAGUUGUCUGAGCGGGACCCUCCUGUUGCCCACCAUCCCCACCGCUACCCUCAUCGCUUUUACCAUGCCCGCCCCUUCCAUGCUACAGCAUACCGCAAGACCUACCGAGGCAGCCCCUCAGACCGCAAGGAAUGGGGACCUAGCACAAACGGCCAUCACUGUGCUCCUGAGAGCAUCUCCAACGGGCGGUGGCAGCACCGGCGCCGCGGCUAUUCCGACCCACCCUCCCCGUCGUCAUCUCCCGAAUCCGAACGAGGCAGUACCAUCAAAGCCAGUGAGAAGCCUGCCGCCACAUCUAAUGCCGCCAACACAGCCACCGAGGAUUCUGGGAAGGAAACAUGGUCGCUCUUCCGGCCACUUCCCGCUUUCCCGGUUGAUAGCAGCAGUGCCCGGAUCAUCCCCAAGAUCUCUUAUGCCAGCAAGCUGAAAGAGAACCUGGAUCAACCGGGGAAAGCCUGCCAUGUUCCUGCCUCAGCCGUCCGCACCACCAAUAGCCUCCCCAACUGUGUCUUGGCGCCACCCCCAAGUAGCCCCCCGCCAUCUGACAGCAGUCGGCGACAGCACCUGGGAGCCAUCUUUCAGAAUGAGUGGGGCCUCUCCUUUAUCAAUGAGCCGGGGGCUGGGCAUGGAGGGGGUGGCGGGACGGCACCAGACGUGGAUGAACGAGAUGCAGAUGCUGGAGCAUCCUGGGAGAAAAUGGAAGUUAGCGACUGGCAGGCUGCAAAAAAUUACCACCUGGAUGAGUGGAGACAUAUAUGGGAGCUACACAGUCAAGAUCCUAGCAGAGUGACGGUCUACACAGACACCUUCGAUGGGAAGGGUUAACUUCAAUAAUUCCCAGGGGAAGCACCGCUAAGACAUGAGGGGGGGCACAUGGGGAGAGGCAAGAUGCCCACCCCACCCCCCUUGAAGACUGGAGAAGCCCAAGCAUCUUGAAAGGGGAAGCUCUGCCACCUGCCUACCUCCCUCCCUUUGCUGUUAUAGCUCAAAUUGUCUCGGUGGGGCUAACGCCUCACCUCUCUUUUUCUCUCUUGCUCUCUCUCUUUCUCUCUGAUUUAAUGCUCUGGUUUUUAAUUUCUUCACAUGGUUUUUAAUUUCUCUGGAUUCCCCUGAAAAUAAAGGCAAAAAAAGAAUUUAUUUAAAUUCA